ACCAAAUUAAAAAGUAGUUUAAUAAUCCCGGCAGUAUUGUACGCUUUUUCAGAUUAUAUGACAAAAAUAUGUUGAAAGUUAGGUUUGGUUAGUUUGCGUGGCAUCAUGAAUGUCACGGAAGAAGAUGCGAUUGAUAAACAAAUACAGGAAAACAUAGCCGACUGGCACUCUAGCACAAACCCGUUGGCUCCUUUAGAUGAAGAACAAAUCGAUUUAAUUUACGAAAUCAAAGACGCUGUAAAUGCGUUGUAUUAUUCGGAAACUUGCGAUUCUCGCGACGAUAAGAAAGGGGAGGAGUCUGAAAACGGGAUCCCCGUGAUCAACAGCAACAAGGAUUUCAUACGGUGGAUAAUAUCGGCCGAGCGGGAAGUGCAGGGGGAAGAGCUCAACAAAUACAAAGAUUAUUGGCGAGUGUUGAGUCGGUAUUGCGCUCAUUGCGAGCAGUUUUUCGGCCUCUCCGACGCGACACUCACUUCCUUAAAUCAGUUGAAACAACAAUAUCAGAAUGUCACCGAGAAAACCAACCACCUGCACGACUUAAGCGAACAGCUGCUCGUGCACCAGGAGGUGUUGAAAGGCAAAAAGCUGGCCAUCGAAGAGAAAGGGCGGUAUUUUGUCUAUUUUAACAAAGCGCAGGACAACGUCGAGCGACUCUCCGAUCGACCCAAUAGCGCGGAAUUCACUCAGAUUCUGGAUAACAUUAACGACGCGAUCGAUUAUCUCAGCACCAAUUUAACCUUUAAGGAGGCGAAGAUCUUCAAGAUGAAGUACGAAAAUCUGCUGAGCGGGGCGACCACGCAUGUCUACAACUACGUCGACGGCGUGAUAGUCGCCUCGACGAGGCAAGUGGUAAGCCCCGAGUUUAAGAGUCACCUUCUGCCGAUGACGUCCGAAGCGCCAGCGGAUUCCGCAUUCUCCCUGUACUAUGGUAAGUUCCAAAGCGCCUCCAUAAAGGUCAGGGUUAUCUUGGAGUACUUGGAGCGCGCGGAAACGAGAAACGACUGUUACAAGAACACCCUUUAUGACUGCAAGCGGAGCUACUUCGCUCAGAGGCAGCCGAUUUUGAGUGUGGCCGUGUCGAAAGCGCUCACCGAGCUGAGGGACAAGCACCGAAGUGACCACAGUGUGCUGUUCAGGUCAUGCUGCCUGUUCAUGUUGAAAGUGUGCGCGGACGAGGCGAGGUGCUACGACUAUUUCUUCGGGGGGGCGUGCGCGCAGUUCCGGGAUUACCUGAGGACGCUGUGUCAAUACUUGUACGACACGCUGCGGCCGUGCCUCAUCGGUAUACACCAUGUGGAGAUUUUGUGCGAGCUCUGCGGCAUACUGAAACGCGAAAUGCUGACCGACACCGUUCUCGUUAACGACCGUUUAAGCAGCUACGCGGAGUUCGUUAAACAGUUACUCGAAGACGUCGAGGAGAGGUUAGUUUUCAGGACUAACCUCUUCUUCAAGCACGAUCUGAUGGAGUAUAAACCGUCGCCCGGCGACCUCGCCUACCCCGAGAAGCUGCUCCAGAUGGAGAACGUCGUCGUCGACAGGUCGGACUCGAGGUCUUCUACCGUGUCGAUGGAUUCCCAGGAAGUGGCUCACAUAAACAUGACUCCCGUACAGCUGAGGUCUUAUACCGGAAACUCCCCGGCCGAUUUGCACGGUAUGUGGUAUCCAACGGUGAAACGGACGUUGGUGUGCCUGUCGAGGUUAUAUUUUUGCGUCGAUCGCGACACCUUCCAGGGGUUGGCCCAGGAGGCGCUGAUCGUUUGUGUGAAAACCGUCGACAGAGCCGCCGAGCUGAUUGGUCAAAACAAAACAGCGAUCGACGGUCGAUUGUUUCAAAUAAAACACCUGCUUAUCGUAAGGGAGCAGAUCGCCCCGUUUCAAGUGGACUUUACGACCAAAGAGUUGGCCUUGGAUUUCACGACGGUUUCGAAGGCGGCCGCGGAUUUGGUCCACAAUCGGGGCAAGAUAUUCGCGAUCGGCACAAGCAACGCCCUCUUGGAAUUCCUGCUGGAUGGCACGCCGAAAGUUAAGGAGUACCUGGUCGAUUCGAGGAAAGAAAUCGACAAGCAACUGAAACGGUCCUGUGAGUCGUUUAUCUCGCACGCCACGCAUAUGUUGAUCGGAAGCGUUUCGGAGUUUGUCGGCAAAGCCGAGCACAUUCUGAAGAUCGUUCGGGCCGAGGAUAGUUCGAGCAACGACCUCACGGUGGCGGGACAGGGCUUCGGUAAACCGGAAGUCGUGGCAGGGAUCAUCAAGGAGGCCCAAAAACAAAUCAAGAUUAAAAUACCGGAACUGCAACGUUCGAUGCAACUGUAUCUAGCCAAUCGGGAGACGGAAUUUAUUUUAUUCAGGCCCGUAAAAAAUAACAUACUGAACGGUUUUAUGCAAGUGGAGCAGAUUUUAGCGCGAGGAGGAUAUUCUCAGGAUGAUCAGUUGCAAAUCGCUUGCCCCUCCCAGGAGCAAAUCAAUAUCCUUAUAUGUUCAGUAUCACUUAGUGGUGAUCAGGCUGUCCAAAAAAAUAGUUAACAUUAGUGAGCUUUGCUUUGUUGUUUUAAUAACAAGUGACUAUUUAUUUACUUGUAUUUAUAUUUUUAAAAAUAAAAUAUUUCAGUUUGAUUUAGUUGGAAUCUCAAACUGGUGUCAAAUAUGUCAAAUUAU